CUUGGAGAGGAAGCAUAGCUUCUAUGGUAUGUGAUAAAUGCCAGCGCUACAUGAAGGCUGUUACUAUUAAAAUAACACAUGUAAAAUGCUGAACAACAUUACAAAAACACAAAAUUGUAAGUCAGAGAAGAUUCCUGUGUAUAUUUUGUGGGCGUAGAGCAGUUGCAUGUUUUCGCAGCAUAUUAAAUGACGUUGCCGUUUCCGUGUUUUUGUCAAGCUUGCACAGCGCAUGGGCUGGGCUGUGUUAUCGCAUUCCUUGAAACUGUGGACCAUAAACGGUAUGUGGGGCCCAACAUAUCGACAUAACAACGAUGCAAAUUGAAUUUUAAAGCAAGCUAUGGAAAUGUUCUAUACAUUCAUCACAAUCAAUAAAAUGUAUGAUACUGGUAAUCUUUGCUGUUAGGUCGGGUGUCAUCUUUCCUAGCGCGAAUUGUCAAGUGGAGUGGAAAACAGCUAGCCGAUUAGCAUGCUAGCUAGCUAACGUUACUGCUGCUGAGGUCGAGACAUUUAGUUAAGCUAAAUUGUUUUGGUUAGUUACUGCAAAUAUGGAUAAGAAUUUUGCUAAAUAGCAUAGCUUUAUUGUUUAUAUAUUGGUAACUUAUCUAAUGCAAGUAAGUUCGCUAACUAACGUUAGUAGUUAGCCACUAAGUAGCCACCAUUAGCUGCUAGUCAACGAGUUGCAACAGCUGGUAAACGGGCUAGAUGGCUAACUUACCUUUUAACCUAACAAGCUAAAUUGCUAAGUUUAUACUUUUUGCCAAAUUAUGCGCAGGGAAAACUAAAAACACGUUUGCUAGGUUGGGAAAUUAUAGCUGUCUUGUACAGAGUAGUAGCCAUUCAGUUUGUGUGGGCGGGUAUCACAGCAGAGUUGUUAUUAUUUGAUACACAGUAUGUCAAUGUCAGUCAACAUCACAUUUACAAAUUCACCAAAGGGGGAUUGCCAUACCCUUUGAUGCUUAAAACAUUACUGAUGAAACCCCACAAAUUGAUCUCCUAGAAUAGAUCGUAGUCCUAGCUCAAACCAAAAAUGUCUCUCCUAAGUGAACGCCUGUAAUUCUUUACCAUAAUAAUACCAACAUUGUUUUUUCUUUCAGAUCUGAAACUUCAACUUGGCCAGCCAGGUGUUGUAGACGGUGUGGUGUGGCGUCAGUGCACCCCAGCCUGGGUGCCAUGUUCCUUAGCUCCACAUGAGCUCUACUAUGUGGUACAUCAUGCAAUCUAUUCAGAGUAAAUAUUCCCUGUCCGAGCGGCUCAUUCGCACCAUUGCUGCCAUUCGCUCUUUCCCACACGACAAUGUGGAGGAUCUCAUUCGAAGGGUAGGUUGGCUUAUCUUUGAACUAUAGAGAGGAAAUGUUAACACACACCACUGUACUUAUCUAAUUUGUUGUGUCCCAGAGUUGACUUCUUUGUAGAAAAAGAUAACUCCCUCAACCUCACACACAUUGUUAAUUGUGUAGAUGUUUUGUGGUUUCAUAGCUAUCUUUUAAUUCUGCCACAAUUUUGAGUGCUUGAUGUUAUUCAAUUGAAUAUGACUUGUUGUUUAUGGUAUCAGUAUCUAUUCAUAUUUUGCAUACUGUUGACAAUGACGUAAUUGCCUGUCUACCCUCAGGGAGCUGACGUGAACCGUAUGCACGGCACUCUGAAGCCCUUGCACUGUGCCUGUAUGGUGGCGGAUGCCGACUGUGUCGAGUUGUUGUUGGAGAAAGGAGCGGAGGUAUGUAUGGUGGCAUGUUUUCAACUCUCACUCAUCCAACUUGAACUUUGUUUGAAAUGAUGUUAUUUUUUUAUAUAUAUAUUUUUUUAUAAGUUAGAUAAACAUCCUGAGGUAAUAUAGUAUUUUUUUAAUACUGUACAUGCUGCAGACAUCCAUAAAUCUAACCUGCUCUUGAUUGCUCCCACUUGAAUCCCCCUCCCCUGAAUCACAGACAAUAAUAGUGAAUCUCUUAUCUGUGAACUUACGUCUUUAAUAGCUGCUAUUUGUUACUAUGUAAUGCCUCCAAUUAUAAAAUAAACUAUGGUUACUCUCCUUUUCUCAAAUGGACUAACAAAGUUUUAUUGUAUUGUAACCUGUCUUCUCAGGUGAAUGCCCUGGACGGCUACAACCGCACGGCGCUGCACUACGCAGCAGAGAAGGACGAGGGCUGUGUGGAACUCCUCCUAGAGUACGGGGCCCAGCCCAACGCAUUGGACGGUAACAAGGACACCCCGCUACACUGGGCCGCCUUCAAGGAUAACCCUGAGUGCGUCAGGGCUCUGCUGGAGAGCGGUGCCUGCCCCAACGCACGGGACUACAACAAUGACACUCCGUUAAGCUGGGCCGCCAUGAAAGGCAACCUAGAGAGUGUGAGGGUUCUGUUAGAAUAUGGAGGCCAGGUCCAUGUUACUAACCUAAAAGGCCAGACACCCAUCUCUCGCCUGGUGGCACUACUUGCCAGGGGCCUGGGGGCGGAGCAGGAGGAGGAGUGUCUGGAGCUGCUGUACAAGGCGGCGGGGAGGUUUGAGAUCCGCCGGGCCGAUGGUACCUUACCCAGGGAGCUCAGUAAAGAUCCCCAGCUCCUGGCCAAGCUGACCAGUAUGGUGGCUGACGCACCGACGCUACGCGCCCUGUCACGUUGUGCCAUCAGACAGAGCCUGGGGGUGAGGUUCCUCCCCACUGCGGUCAAAGAGCUGCCUUUACCAGAGUCGGUCAAAGAGUACUUACUGCUGAGAGACUGAGCUUACAGGGGGUGGGACUAGAGGUGACAGGAUGUGUAAUCACUAUCGAUCAUAUUCAGACUUGAAAUCUGUGUGCUUAGCUCAGAGUGACUCGCACCUAUCGCAACUCUGAAUCAGAUUAUUGGACAGUUUAUGAUGCAUAUAUUCUGACAAAGAUUCUCCUUAAUGAGGAAUGAUGUUGAUUCUAGAUAGUAUGAGGUGUUGUAGGCAGUCCAAUAAGUCACACUGAGACGAGGAAGUACUUAGUUCUUAUGUGGUUGAUGAUUGUGGUUGUUGUGUGUAAAAUUUGAGUGAUUCUCUUUUUCUCAGUCUGCAGGUUCAGCCUUGCAAUCCCAAAAAACAUAGUGUAAAAUAUGGAAUUGCAUUUCAUUCAAUGUUGCAUUUCAUAAUAACUGAGUAAUAAUCACUCUUUUCAUGUUGUUACAAAAUAAUAAAAAAUAGUAGAUUACAUAAUUAAAAUCACUAAUAUAUUAUAGAGCUCAGUGUGCCAGGUAAUGUUGUUACAUAACGUUGAUUAACAGAUAUGUGACUGUUAUCCUUCCUGGCAGGAUUGGGGUCAAUUAAGUUACGAAUUGGUCUUUAAUUCCAAUUCCAUUCUUGAAUUUGAAUUGGCCACACCCCACAGGAAGCAGAAU